AAAACGUAGCUCAGCCACGUCACUAAUCAAAUGGAGAAGUACAGCCGGUGGUCGGACCUGACGACGGGCAUCAACCCGUUCGUGCCCCAGCGUCGGCGCUUCACGUCCGGCUGGCCCGUGACCAUCCUGCAGGUUGUAGCAGGCUCUACUCUGGCGCUCGUACGCUUCCCGUUGGUGCUGGUAUCGUUCGUGGCGCUGUUUCUCGUCAACAUCGUGGUGUCCAUUCUCGCCGUGAUCCCGUUUCUAGGACGUCUGCUAAAGCGGAUCACGCAGUGGCUGCUGUGCUCACUAAUCCUCCUUCUCUUCGGUGUAUUCACGUCGGAAGAGAGCGCCAACACGCGUCGUCUGGGUCUCGCUACGGCCAAAUCCAGGAGCUCCAACGGCUCGACCCGCGUUGGAUCCGGCGACGUGCUGGUCUGCAACUACACGAGCUUUCUGGAGAUCUUGUACCUGGCCAAGCGCUUCUCACCAGUCUUUGUAUUCGCCACAGAGUCGAAGAGUAAUGACGGUGGACUGGUGCACGUCUGUGGCCUACUGGAGGCACUGUACAGGUCACUGGCGAUGCCCGUGAGUGCUGAGCGUGUCAAACCCACAAGGAAGAUCACAGAUGUCGUACGUCGCGCCGCUGGGCCAGUAGUGGUGCUCCCCGAAGGAGCUAGGAGCAACGGCAAGGCUGUGCUUAGAUUCAUCCCCGUGCUACAAAACCUUCCGAUCAAGACUCGCGUGCACCUUGUGGGCUUCCGCUACGAGUUCAAGCGCUUCAGUCCGAGCCAAAGUGCUGGCGGUGCCUGGGCACAUCUAUUCUGGACUGCCUUCCAUCUGUACCACACCAUGCGUGUGGCGGUGCUGAGCGCCAAAGACCUGAAUCUAGACGACCUAACGCCGACCAAGUUACCGAGUAGCAAGAGCAGUAAGAAGCAGGAAAACUCAAAGACGCUGUCGACUGAUCAAGUGGAGAAGCUGCGCUCACUGUUGGCUGCCAUGCUACGCACCAAGACGGUAGAUUUGGGCCCUGAGGACUUUGUGUCCUUCAACAAUUAUUGGCAGCAUGUGAACAGUGGAGGACGUCAACCGGCGUCACAGUUCACGGACCGUAAGGCUCCCCACGAACACGCACAAUGGGCCAAGAGAUAGAGCAACACAACGCACACUGGACAGACUGCGUGUUGUCUAAUGGAACAAGCGUUUCUCUGAGUCUUAAAAGAUUGCCUCCUCUCUCUAGCCGGGUUAUCUAAGCUAGCUUCAUGAGUAGUUCGUAGACACCAAUACCCAGUUCCACGGAAAUGAGAAUGAUAAUGUACCACUCGAGUCGCUCACCUUUGUGGGAGUCCAGUACCUCCAAGAAGAACUAAAUGCACACAAAUGUCAGCAUUCUCAAUAUCUUCACAAAACAA